GUGUGUGUGCGAGAGCGGUGUCAUUUGAGCAUGCUCUGCCAGUGAGGAGGUUGAACAGGGCUUUCUGUAUUAUAGUAGCUACUGAGGUGUUCAGAAAAGCAGACCUAGAACUCGGUAGCUGUAAAGCUUAUACCAAGAAUUUCCUUCGCCUUAAGUUUGCUAGCCGACUACGAUGAUCCCUUACCUCGUGCUGAUUGUUUUUCUACAAAUCAAAGAUUCUGUUACUGAUCCCAUGUGCAGAAUGGGUUACUUCCCAUGUGGAAAUCUCACAGUCUGCCUUCCAAGGGCUUUUCAUUGUGAUGGAGUAAAGGACUGUGAGAAUGGAGCGGAUGAAGAUUACUGCGGAGAUAACAGUGGAUGGGCAAAUAUUUUCGAUGAAGUCCAUGGAAAAGCUAGUGAGAUGACAGAGCCACAAGAUUGCUGUCUCACCCAAUUCCCUGAAAUGUGUGAGUGCAAAGACACUGAGCUCGAGUGUGCAGAUGCCAAUUUAGAAGCAAUACCGUACGUGUCAAGCAAUGUUACCCUUUUGUCUCUUAAAAGAAACAAGAUUCGCAAGCUUCAAGAUGAGGUCUUUAUUGGCUACAAUGGCUUGAAAAAGCUGUUUCUUCAACACAACUGUUUAAGAAACAUAUCUCAGAAAGCUUUUUAUGGAUUAUAUCGGCUUCAAAGAUUAUAUCUUAGUAACAACUGCAUUGUUAGCCUAGAGGAGGGUGUAUUCAGUCACUUACAUGAAUUAAAAUGGCUAAUCCUUGAUGAGAACCCAAUAACGACAAUUUCACAAGAGCUUUUUACUGGCCUGGAUUCAUUGUUCUUCUUGUCAAUGAUAAACAACUCAUUGGAGGCUCUUCCUCAAAGGUUGUGUGCCCAGAUGCCGUUCAUUAAUUGGAUGGAUUUUGAAGGCAACCACAUUCAGACACUGAGCAAUUUGAGUUUUGUGACAUGUGAUGAACUCACAGUACUGUUCUUAAGAGGAAACCAGAUCAGUGUGGUGAAAGAAAAUACAUUCUCUUCUUUAAGAAGUUUAGCAGAAAUAGAUUUAUCAAGUAAUUUUAUCAGAGGAGUACCUCUUUCCAGCUUUAAAGAACUGAAGCAUUUGCAAAAACUUAAUCUUGGUUGUAAUCCAAUUUCUCUUCAUGUUGACCAGUUUGAAAUGAUGCAGCAUCUACAAUCGUUAGAUCUGGAAAACAUUGAAAUUCCGAAUAUAAGUACAAGAAUGUUUCAGCCGAUGAAGAAUUUAUCACACAUAUAUUUCAAGAAGUUUAGAUACUGCUCAUAUGCCCCUCACGUGCGAGUAUGCACUCCACUAACAGAUGGGAUUUCAACCUUCGAGAACCUUUUAGCCAACUCCAUCCUCCGUGUAUUCGUCUGGGUCAUCGCUUGUGUUACCUGCUUUGGAAACAUCUUUGUGAUUGGAAUGAGAUCGUUGAUUCAGUCGGAGAAUAAGACACAUACCAUGUCAAUAAAGGUUUUAUGCUGUGCGGAUUGUCUAAUGGGAGUUUACCUGUUCUUUAUUGGAGUUUUUGAUGUUAAAUACCGGGGACAGUACAAGAAAUACGCAUUGCUCUGGAUGGAAAGUAUACAGUGCCGGAGUCUGGGUUUUCUUGCAAUGCUGUCUACAGAAGUUUCUGUACUACUCUUGACAUACUUGACUCUUGAAAAGUACCUAGCCAUUGUAUUUCCAUUCAGUAAUAUUAGACCAGGAAGGCGACAGACUCUACUAAUCCUUCUAUCCAUAUGGGUGGUUGGGUUUAUUAUUGCAAUCACCCCGUUUUGGAAUGAGGACUUUUUUGGAAAUUACUAUGGAAAAAAUGGAGUGUGUUUCCCGCUUUAUCCUGAUCAGACAGAAGAAGUUGGUGGGAAAGGUUAUUCUCUUGGAAUAUUUCUAGGUGUGAACCUUGUUGCAUUCAUCAUCAUAGUGUUUUCUUAUGUCAGUAUGUUUUGCUCAAUUCAAAAGACUGCUCUUCAAACAUCUGACGUCAGAAGUCACAUCCAUACAGAUGUUGCCGUUGCCAACAGAUUUUUCUUCAUAGUUUUCUCUGAUGCUGUAUGCUGGAUUCCUGUGUUUCUUCUGAAAAUCCUGUCCUUAUUUCGAGUAGAAAUUCCAGGCACUGUUACUUCCUGGAUUGUUAUUUUUAUCCUGCCUAUCAACAGUGCCUUAAACCCGAUACUUUACACUCUGACCACAAGUUUCUUCAAGGAGAAACUUAAACUACUGUUACACAGACAACGAAGGCGACCCGUAUUCAGGAACGAUAGGAAAAGCUUAUCAACUUCACUUGUAUGGACCGAAGAUCCGGUGGCCCAGCAAUCUUCGGUAAAGCUCGGGUUUCUCCAUAAAAAAUAUUCAGGCGACAGCAUGAUAAAGUCAACAUGAUGAUGAAGAAAAAGAUCCUAUUGAAUGAAGUAUCUCUAUAUGAGAUGGGUUUAUUACAUGAAUGCCACAGCAGACAUUCCUGUAACUGUCUGUAUAUCUCAUUGAGGUGAAAGACAAGUGGAUUCCUAAAUACGAAGAGCAUAAACAUUGCAGGAAGAAGAAGCUAUUUUAUAUCACAGAUCUACCAAAUAGGAGACGUGGAAGAACGUUAUUUUUUUUACAUAUUUAGGCUUUUUAGACCAUAUCCUGCAGGCCAUCA